UCCUUUCUUCACACAAGGAGAUUUUCAAGAUGGUGGCAACUUACAUCUGCGGUGGUAACAUCAGUGGGAAAGGAAUGACAGAGCGCAUUCACAGCAUCAACCUUCACAACUUCAGUAACUCAGUGCUCGAGACACUAAAUGAGCAACGAAACCGUGGACACUUCUGUGAUGUGACUGUCAGAAUUCACGGGAGCAUGCUCAGGGCUCACCGCUGUGUGUUGGCUGCUGGCAGCCCCUUCUUCCAGGACAAACUGCUCUUGGGCUACAGUGACAUUGAGAUUCCAUCUGUAGUUUCAGUGCAGUCUGUUCAGAAGUUGAUUGACUUCAUGUAUAGUGGGGUACUAAGGGUGUCCCAAAGUGAAGCUUUACAGAUCCUCACAGCAGCCAGCAUAUUGCAGAUUAAAACAGUCAUCGAUGAAUGCACCCGCAUUGUUUCACAGACAGUAGUGAGCAGUGGUUAUCCAACAACAAGGAACUCAAGUCAAGUGACACCACGUGGAACACCAGAAUCUGGUUCAUCAGGACAGAGCAGUGAUACAGAAUCUGGCUAUGUACAAGCCCAUUCCCAACGUAGUGUUGAAAGAAUCUAUUCAUCCCUUUAUGCCUGUUCUGGAAUGUCGCUACAAAAUGGCACUGGAGAGCGAUCACUUUAUAGUGGACCAGUGGUCAGCCAUCAUGGCGGUCCACUGGUUUUACAGAGAAGCGAGAAUGUGGAGGAUCCGGCCUGGAUAACUAGAAUUCAUGAACGCACACAGCAGAUGGAGAGAUACCUAUCUACGCCAGAAACCACACACUGCCGCAAGCAGCCACGACCGGUUCGCAUUCAAACCAUAGCAGGCAAUGUUCACGUCAAGCAAGAAGCAGAAGAUGAUUAUGAUUACUACGGACAGCAAAAAGGACAAACAUCAGAACAAAAUGAGUCAGAAGAAUGCAAUGAAGACACUGACCAAGCUGAAGGUACUGAAAGUGAGCCAAAAGGAGAGAGCUUUGACUCUGGUGUCAGCUCUUCUAAUGGGACUGAACCUGAUCCUAUAGACCAACAGUUCAUUGCCGGUUUGAGCAGAGGGGGGCAAUCAGAUGUCAGACAAGCUGAGCAGAAUGAGAUUUCUGCUGAAGACAGUCAGCAGCUCAGCAAAAUGAAUCCUUCUCCAGAGAGGACUUAUGAAACUGAAAUGGGCACCACAGGGCCUCAAAGCAGUGAAUUAAACAUUGCAAAUGAAAAAGAAUUGCAGCAAGCUCCAGUGAACACUGUGAUUUCCGUGGCACACAACACCCAGCCACUGGCAACUACUCAGCUUUACCUAAGGCAGUCAGAUACACUCACCACCAACUUGAGAAUGCCACUGACCUUGACCAGCACUACUCCAGUCAUUGGUACGGCUGGAAACACUUACGUACCAACGCUUUUCACCACUCAGAGCACUACCAGUGGUAAACUGUUUCAGUUCACUUUGCCACAACCACUGACAGGCCAACAGACGCAAUUUGUAACCGUUCCUCAAUCGACCCUUGCAAACUUUGCUGCGCAGUUGCACCCUCAGCAACCUCAGCAAUCUCAGAUAGUACAGAAUGCAAGUGGACAGACUGAAAAGAAACCCUAUGAAUGCACGCUUUGUAAUAAAACCUUCACUGCAAAGCAAAACUAUGUAAAACACAUGUUUGUCCAUACAGGGGAGAAGCCACAUCAAUGCAGUAUUUGUUGGCGAUCUUUUUCACUGAAGGAUUAUCUGAUUAAACACAUGGUGACACAUACUGGCGUGAGAGCCUAUCAGUGCAGUAUCUGCAACAAGCGUUUCACCCAAAAGAGCUCCCUCAACGUCCAUAUGCGGCUUCACCGUGGUGAGAAGUCCUACGAGUGCUACAUCUGCAAAAAGAAGUUCUCCCAUAAGACCUUACUGGAGAGGCAUGUGGCACUCCAUGGCACUGGCUGCUCUGAAGUGACCACAUAUGUCUGCUCUGUCUGCCCAGCCAAGUUCGACCAAAUCGAACAGUUCAACGACCACAUGAGAAUGCACGUCUCUGAUGGUUAAGGAGCUACUUUUAAGAACAAAUUUGGAAUUAAUUUAAAGUAACAUUUUUAAAAUUAAAAAGAACGCUGGCGUAUUAUUA